GUUAGCAGCCUUCAGUCUUCGCUGACUGCCAACCAGAGGAUCUCCUUCCCCCGUUGUGAGAGGCCAAGAAACACGAGAGUGAAGCAGCGUCCAUGGCGGGAGAGGAGGCUGGGAGGAGAGGUGUUCCCUCCCUGCUGAACCCGUCUUCGUCUUCCAGCGAAGGGCAGCAAGAACACAUCGCCUCUGAUGUCACACAGCUCAUCGGAUGGACGCCUCUGAUCGAGCUAAAGCGAAUCGCCAGCAAGGAUGGGGUUGACGCCCGGAUCGUCGGCAAGGUCGAGGCAUAUCAGCCCCUCUGCUCCGUCAAGGAUCGAAGCGCUUUGAGGAUGAUAGAAGAUGCAGAGGAGAGGGGAUUGAUUUCACCUGGUGUCACAACACUCGUCGAGCCGACAAGCGGCAACUUGGGGUUAGGAAUUGUCCUCAUUGCUCUUCGCAAAGGCUACAGGUUUGUCGCAGUUAUGCCGGGUCAAUAUUCACUUGAUAAGCAGAUCCUGUUGAGAUACAUGGGUGCAGAGUUGUACUUGACUGAUCCAGCCCUUGGGUUUCCAGGCAUAACCAAGAAGGUUGAAGAGCUCAAAGAAGAAUUGCCCAAUGUACAUGUUCUUGAUCAAUUCUCGAACAAAGCAAAUCCUGAAGCACAUAUUAGGUGGACUGGACCUGAGAUUUGGAAGGACACUGCUGGCAAGGUGGACAUAUUUGUAGCUGGUUCUGGCUCAGGAGGUACGGUAACAGGUGUUGGAAAGUAUCUGAAGAUGCAAAACCCAGCUAUCAAGAUCAUCUGUGUUGAGCCUGCAGAGUCUCCAGUUGUUUCAGGUGGCGAACCAGGAAAACAUAAAAUCCAGGGAAUAGGCCCGGGAUUUAUACCUGAAGUACUGGACACCUCAGUUAUCGAUGAGUCUGUCACAGUGACCACUGAGGAGGCAAUGGUGACCGCAAGGAGACUGGCCAAGGAAGAGGGCCUUCUUGUGGGUAUAUCUUCUGGAGCAAACAUGGCAGCAUGCUUGAAGGUCGCGUCGAGAGAAGAAAACAAGGGGAAGAUGAUUGUCACCAUGUUUCCAAGCGGGGGCGAGAGAUACAUGAACUCCGACCUAUUUGCAGCUGUGAGAGAGGAGUGUAUUGCCAUGACAUUUUGAUCUCGCCACUUAUUCAGAAGAUGGCUACAUUCCACGUAAUGGUCGGCCUGUGCAUUAUGCAGCUGAUAUACGGUGAUACCACAAUGAAUUGUGUGAUUUUGCUACGGAAUUUAUAUUCAAGAAAUUUGUAUGAACUGACUGGAGACAAGAGGACAACUAACUGUCCCAGUUAAUUUAUUUCAAAAUUUUAGUUGACCGUAUCA